GAAUCAAAGCAGCUUAAUCUUGUUGUUCAUAUAUUUACAAAGAACAGAAAGGAUGAAGUUAUCUUUAAUCUUACUAACUGUUCUGGUACUUGGUUUGGCGAAUGACACAGAUGCAUGGUUUUUUAGGUUUAGGAGAGUAUUUCGUUGGGUAGGCAGAAAUUUCCGUACGAUAAAAGAUGUUGGUUGCCCAUUAUUAUGCCCUAAAGUUUGUCAGAAAACCGUCUGUAAACUUGCAUGUGGCUUAGGAUGUGGUCGUGGUAAGCGAGAGGCAGUGAAGAAUUCAGAAGGUCAUGUAGCACCUCUUCCUAAUAUGUUUAGUAGUUAUGAUUUUGAUGAUGAUGGUGUAAUAUCUAAGGAUGAACUGGCUACAGCUAUCAAUGAAAAUAUAACAGAUUCCACAUUCGUAGUAGCCUUCCGUUAUACUGACAAAGACGGCAAUGGUUUUUUAUCAAAAAAGGAAUUCUACAAUGGACCUUUUGUUCUUGAGAUGGAUGUAAAUGAACAAGAUGAUACAUAUUGCAAAUAUUUGUUUGGGAUAGAUGAAGACUUGGAAGAGCUUCUUACUAAUGGCGAAGAAGGGUUGGGCGAUGUAUCUGGCAUAGAUGAUAAUUCGAACUCCACAAAGCUGGUUUCCACUGCUUCUGAGCCAGAGACUCAGAAAAAGGACAAAGUCUUAUAAAGUUUGUUAUCUAAUAAAACUAUUGUUAGCAGUUAAGAAA